CGGCUGGACCCUCUCGGCUCGGAAGGCCGCAUGAACCGCGAGACCAUGCCGCAGCCCGGAGCGUGGCCGGGCGCUAGCUGCGCCGAGACGCCGGCGCGGGAGGGCGGGAAGCCGGCGGCCAGCGGGCAGCCGCGGCCCGCGACGCGGUGCCCGGCCGAGCAUGAGGAGGACAUGUACCGUGCUGCAGAUGAAAUAGAAAAGGAGAGAGCGUUGCUUAUACAUGAAAGAGGGGCAUCAGAACCCAGAUUAAGUGUGGCUCCUGAAAUGGAUAUCAUGGACUACUGCAAAAAAGAAUGGAGGGGAAAUACACAGAAAGCAACAUGUAUGAAAAAGUUACCAGAAAAACUUAUAAGCAGAUACAACUGGAUCAAGCAAUGGAAACUUGGACUGAAAUUUGAUGGGAAGAGUGAAGACCUGGUUGACAGAAUCAAGGAGUCUCUUACUCUGCUGAGGAAGAAGUGGGCAGGCUUGGCUGAAAUGAGAACUUCUGAAGCAAGGCAGAGAGCAUGUGAUGAACUGUUCACAAAUGAGGAGGAGGAAUACAGCUUCUAUGAAGCUGUGAAAUUUCUGAUGCUAAACAGAGCCAUUGAACUGUAUGAUGACAAAGAGAAGGGAAAGGAGGUGCCAUUUUUCUCUGUGCUCCUGUUUGCCCGGGACACAUCAAAUGACCCUGGACAGCUGCUUAGGAACCACCUAAACCAGGUGGGACACACUGGUGGCCUUGAACAGGUUGAAAUGUUCCUCCUUGCCUAUGCCGUGCACCACACCAUCCAGGUGUACCGGCUCUCCAAGUAUAACACUGAGGAGUUCAUCACAGUCUACCCCACUGACCCACCCAAGGACUGGCCUGUGGUGACUCUCAUCACUGAGGACGAUCGACACUAUAAUGUUCCUGUCAGAGUGUGUGAGGAGACGAGUCUUUGAGAGACGCACCUGUACAACCUGGCGACAUGGCAGAGGUGUCCACACAGCUCCUCUGCUUGGCCUCAGGCCUGCCGGUCUCUGAGAACAGUCUAUGGGAACGCUGCACUGGACUGGGAUGCUCUGAAGACUUUUUGCCUAUAAGGACUAACCAAGUCUUUUCCUUUGUGUGGGAUACAGUACGUUUUGGGGGGCAGGGAGGGUCUUCAGUAUAUAUCUGCUGGAAGGUGCAAAUGACAACUUCCCAAGGAGGCAAAUUCUUUUGUAUCAGAGGAGACUCAUCUUGGAGAAUAAUAUGUUUCUUAUGUCUCAAAUCAAAACUGUAAUGGUGAACUGGCUUUUUAAUUUUUUUAAGACAGUAUUUUUUUUUUGUUUGUUUCUUGGGUGGUAAUGGGUCUCUAUAGUGAUCUUUGUGCAGUCAGCUUAAGUGGUACAGUUCUGGGUAGAUCUGUUAAUGGCAUAGUCAUAACAUCCUCUCACUGUCUCAGGAGGAGGAGUGGCUUGGAUUUACAUAUUAAGGCUAUUUUAAACAGAUUGUGAUAAUUAAGAAUUGGGGCCAAAAGUGAGUUAUUUGAAGGCUGAAGAGAGUGGUGAGGGAACCUAGAACUUCUUACUCCAUGUCACUGUGACAGGUGUCCGAUGUCCCCAGUGUACCUGAGUCUGUGGCAAUGCCUGUCAGUGUGAAUGCACGCUGCUUGCAGUAGUGCCAGGCUAUUGGGGCUGUUAACUGUUCUCCGGUUCUGUAGACUCUGGUUUUAUAGGCAGAACAGUUUAUUGCCACCUGUGGUUUUAGAGGAGAAACCAAGGCCAAAUGGUUGUAGUCACUUAUGUAAGUGCAGAGGUUGGGCCAAGCUGGAUGCCUACUUCAUGUGUGUUUCAGAGUACAUUUAUUGCCAGUCCCACCUAACUCAUCUGGCACAGCGGAUGAGUGAUAGUAACCCAUCUUGAGGCUUUUUAUAUGAGUAAGUUUCUGCAGAAACAGGUGGUAAACAUGAGUGUUAAGGUGGGGCUGGGCUGCCCGUGCCCUUGACUUGACUUGGGAAGACAGGGAGACAGCGGGCCCUGGGCGACUGCCUGCUUGGCACAGAUUUGGAUGGAGCCUAGGGGCGGAAAGGGGGCAGCCCUGCUGAGCAGGGUCUGUCUUAAGUCCACAUUGCCCAUUAGAGGCCUGGACCGUGGAGAUUAUUCACAGGAACCAGUGGGAUUGGUCUAGCACGUUCUGAAUGGGUUUAACGUUUGUAAAGUAGUUUUUUUCUGAAGUACUAAAGUUAUUUUAAAAUUAAAAAUCUUUAUUUGGUCUAAGUUAAUUUAUAAGCUAUCUUAUCUGUUUCAGUAGGGACAAACCUUUGAAAAUUCAAGUUUUGCUUAUAAUUGAAAAUUAAGUCUUAGUUAAGAAAACUCAGGAUGCACAAAAUUGCUUUAGACUGUUACUUUUUUGUUUAUCCCAUUACCUCAUUGAUGAUAUUGACCUGAUUUUGCCAGAUGCUUAGUGAUAGAGUGCUGGAAUCAAAUCCUACUCUGAAUGUGCAUGAGAGAGGCUUUGUGUUUUCCACUGUGAAAUGCAACCGUGCCUCCCACAAGGAGGUGUCCAGAAGCCAAAUUAAAGUGAUAACAACUUUUUAUUGGCUUUCAUGUGUCAUUUUAAUGUUUGUAACUGCACAACAGGAAAUGCUUAGCACUUCUUUUUGAGCACUUUAAAGCACCACUUGAAAUGUUUGGAUUACAGGCCCUAGGGAUCUGUGUUCUUCAGGCAACUAGAAUCGGUGCUUCAUAUAUGCUGCUGCGUUUGUAAACAUUCAUGACUCUGCAUUUUGACAGUGUGCUAAGUGAAUCUGAAGUGUUUUUUUUAAAAUUUUUUCUUAUUUCUAAGUAUGAUACUGUUAGAGUAUGUGCAGAAAUUGUGGUUUUAAGCACCAUAUUGGUAAGAGUUCACAAGUGUACGUCUAUUUUAUGAUGCUUUCCGUGUCAGGACCUUGCCAGCCUGUGCUGUCAGACGGUGGUCCAAGCUUGGUAGGAUCAUAGCAUCAGAGAAGUAAAGCUUUCAAACAGCACUUCAGAAAAUAGAAGUGAUUGGCCCACUUUAAAAAAGGUAUCCUAUGCAAUAUACAAUUUCAGUUGCCCAGAGUCUUGAGCAGGUGGUGUGACAUCAGCUGAAUUGAGUUUCCAAUGGAUUCAGGCAAAUAAUGUGCUUGGAGGGAUCUCUCAAAUGAUAAGAUUUUCUAGAAUGGAAUGGUGGAACGUUUUUCUAGCCAGAGGCCAUUUGGGUAUUUAUAAGAUCGUUCACAUACAAAAUUAUCAACUUAAAAAUUAUUCUGCUAUAGAUUAAUUGAAUUUUGAGUCCUGCUUGUAGUUGCCUUGGCAGGGCCAGAGCAAAUGAUUCUGUAGGCCUUAUGUGGCAUGCAGGCCAGGUGUUCUGCAUUCCUGUUCUGGAAGAAGAGAUGGCAGUAUGAACUGCACCGUGCUCACUUUCUAUCCCAGAGCUUAUUGCAGGUUUAAAGGUUUUAGACUCUCUGGCAUUGGCAGAAAAAUUCUCUGCUUUAAACAGGCAUGACUUUAUACCUUGAGCUCAUUUAAAAUACAUUUAAGCCUGAAAGAAUUGUCCCGUAUCACAUUACAUAGAAUUAACUUUGCAUUUUCAGGUUCUCUUCCUCAUCUCCUGAGUCACUUCUGCGUCUCUGACAUCCACUGAGUUUAAUUACAUACAUGGAGCAGUCAUGGUGGCAUUAAAAUUAGGAGCCAGCAUGUGGUCUCCAGCUUACCAGAUCUGGAAUGUUUGCACUUCCUCUUCUUAAAAUACAGCACUAUGAAAAUGUCUUAAAUGCACAAGACUGGAUUAGUCCUGCUUUUUAAAAAUGUAGCCAUUAAUUAACACUUUUACUAUGCUGUUAUAUGAGGGGUUUUCAAAAAGUUGAAGCAGAACGCAUAUAAUGCAAAAAACUUUUCUGCAGUAAAAAUGUUUAUUUCCAUUUUUUCCACAAGCCUUUAAAAGUGUGUACUAAUUUAGUGUCUGAUAAGAUUUUUCUUUGAUAAGGAAGAUAGACAUGGCCAUUGUAUCCUUUUAUUUUUUUUCCCUCUCUAAUUUUAGAACUUUCCAGGUAAAGUCUCUGGCCACAUGGACUGAUAAUACCUCUGUCAGAAGACAGAUUCGUAGGUUUUGGUGUACUUGGUCUUUUUCUGUAAGAGGCUGUGUUUUCUGUCCACUCCUUACCCCAAGGGGCUGUUUUAUCUGAAGAGUAUUUUUCUUUAAAGGCCUUCCAGGUAACAAUGGGAGUGCUAUUGUCCAGUGCUAACAACACUCCUAUCAUGAACAUACACAUGUGUAGAAUCCACAGAGAUCUCCUGGCUGUGUCUUUGCAUGACAAAAUACAGUUAAUUUUCUUACCUCUUUUUCUUAAACAAUACUUUGUAGGUACUCCCCGUUGAAAGCCAGAAUGUUUUUGGAAGCAUAAACAAACCAUCAGGCAAUCUUACUUGUAGGUAUGCAUAAAGAUAAAUGCCUUUAUUUAAAAUAUGUGACUACCAAAACUAUAUAUUUAAAGUCUUCAGUUUGUGAAGCGAAUCUGGAAAGUGAAACAAGUAGAAUCCUCUAAUAGUUUAGCGAAGGCAAGGCAUAAUAUCAGGUAAUUUUUUAAAAUGAGGUUGAAGGAUCACUUCCUGGCCAUUUUGGCUAAGAUCAAGUGUAGUAAGAAAGGUCUAAGGAACUGUAAGAAAGUAGCAGACUGAAAGAGGAAAAACUGACUUUAGAUGGAAAUUUAUAAAGUACCAUUUAUAAACAAAAUAGCAGAUGCCCAAUGGACCUCCUGUACUUCAGUUAUAAAAGAAUAAAAAUCUAAAUGAGUGGAAAGACUUAUGUACAUGUAUUAUGCAAAUUCCUAUUUCUAAGAUUUAAUAAGUUUCUUCUGCUUAACAGAAGAGAAACGUUUCAUGAUUACCUGUUCUGGGAAACCUCAUUUGUGAUCUCUUCUAAGGGAGCGGACAGCUAGUGCUGAGCUGUGCCUUGGUCUUCUGGAUGUGUGAGUAGACACAGGCAACUAAAGAUUCACGUUCUUGAACUUCAGUGAAAACCUCAAGAGCCAUGAACAGCACAAAACUGAACUGGUUCAGCGGCCUGACACCUCUAGCUCUUCCUGGCAGUCAGUAGCAGAAGGGGUGAGGCGUGUUUGACCAUGACCCAGAGGAGUGUAUGUAUGUUGUCUGCAGUCGCAGCAUGUCCUCACUUAACAUGUUCCGUGAGGGUGGAGGUGAGCUGUCUCAUGUAAUUGUGUUUGCUUUGAUGGUAAAUUGCAAAUCAUCACUGGGGAUUGGUGGAAUGGGUUGGUUUAUGUAAUUAAAAUAUAUAGGGUAGCCAUUAAAUCUGGAAACAUACAUCAGUGUAUGAUUAAGACUGUUGCAUACCUUAUGCUCCCUGUAGACUGAAGCAUUUUGAAUGUCCACGAAGAACGUUCAGUAGCAUUAGUGGAGGAGGGCACUGAACUGAAGUUUUAUUUCAGUUUAUCUCCUUUCUUGGGUGUAAGUUUGGAUAAGGAAUAGAAUUGCCAAAACAUGCGUCAGUUACAAGGAAGGGAACAUGGAACUUGAGGUAUCCAUAGUCUUGGCAGAUGCUUUCUCACUAACCAGGGUGCUCGAGCUUAAUUCUAAACUUCAAGAUAAAUUUUUAUACUUAAUUUUAAUAGUUUUCAUUUAUGUAUUGAAAAAUGCCUUGGUCUGUGUUCACAUAAAUGGUGCUAAAAAUAUGGGGCCCCUCCUGGAAAGCACAUCAGUCCAAGGUGACGUUACUUCUGAGUAUUUCAGUGAGAACAAAGCCAAAAUGAAUGUACUGGAUGGGCUGUCUUCUCAUUUCCAUUGUGUUCACAGAAAUAUUUUUGGUAUUGUUACCUGCAUUUUAGCAACCUUCAAACUUUCUGGAUUGUGAAUUUCGAGAGGAAAACAAGCCAGUUUUAAAACUUGUGCUGGUGAUAUAGCAGUGACAUUUUUCCUCCCAGGGGGAUCCGCCAUGGAGGGAGGUGUUCGGGCAGCUGGCUGGGGGAACCUGGCUGUGCUCCUCUUGGCUCGUUCAUUGCUGUCUCUUCUGUUUACACUGUAAGGUAGCAGCCUAUGUCAUAAAUGUCGCCUGCUCUGAAAAACAUGUCCCCGAGGCCCACCUGCAGAUGUGACCAGACACCUGGGUCACGGGGCAGGAGUUUCCUCUGUCACUUGCUGAACCUCUCAUCUUCACUGUCAGAGGCUGCAUUGUAAAAAUAAACAACUAACAAUAAACUUAGAGAAUAAAACCCAGAAGCCUGACUGUGUUGCUAUGGUUAAAUGCCUGCCUUUGAGGACUUUGGCUUUAACUUUCCGGCACCCUGAGGCAGGUCCAUGAUGUCACAUGCUGACUCCUGAUGUCACUCCUACCCAUUGUGGGUGGAGAAGUAAAUGAAGGAUUUGGGAGGAGAUAUCUGGGUGCUGAAGAAUUAGAUGAGAUGAAGUG